AUGGAGAGGUUGUUGCUAUGUGUGAUGUUGGCGGUCGCCAUGGCAGUACGGGCACAGAUUUGCCCCAAACGCUGUGUCUGUCAGAUCCUGUCACCCAACCUGGCAACCCUGUGCGCCAAGAAAGGCCUGCUGUUUGUACCUCCCAACAUAGACAGGCACACGGUGGAGCUGAGGCUGGCCGACAACUUCGUCACAAGCGUGAAGAGGAAAGACUUUGCAAACAUGACACGUCUGGUGGAUCUAACUCUGUCCCGAAACACCAUCUCGUACAUCACACCUUAUGCCUUUGCUGAUCUAGAGAACCUCAGAGCCCUUCACCUCAACAGUAAUCGGUUGACAAGGAUAGGCAAUGAUACUUUUAGCGGGAUGUCCAAGCUACAUCAUCUAAUUCUCAACAACAACCAGCUGGUCCUCAUUCACCAGGGAGCGUUCAAUGACCUGCUCGCGCUGGAGGAACUGGACCUGAGUUACAAUAAUCUAGACUCUAUUCCGUGGGAGGCCAUUCAGAGAAUGAUAAGUCUUCACACGUUGAGUUUAGACCACAACAUGCUGGACUUUAUUCCAGAGGGGACAUUUUCCCUGCUACAAAAACUCAACCGCUUGGACGUCACCUCCAACAAACUCCAAAAGCUCCCCCCAGACCCACUUUUCCUAAGGGCCCAAGUCUUGGCCACAUCGGGCGUGCUAACCCCAUCCACAUUUGCGCUGUCUUUCGGCGGUAACCCUCUCCACUGCAACUGCGAGUUACUGUGGUUAAGGCGACUGAACCGAGAAGAUGACCUGGAGACAUGUGCCACUCCACAGCACCUGUCUGGGCGCUACUUCUGGUCAAUUCCUGAAGAGGAGUUCUUGUGUGAACCUCCUCUCAUCACCAGAUACUCCCAUGAGAUGAGGGUCCUGGAAGGUCAAAGGGUUGCACUCAGGUGUAAGGCAAGAGGUGACCCAGAACCUGCCAUCCACUGGAUUUCUCCCGAGGGAAAACUGGUCUCCAACUCAUCUCGGACUCUGGUCUACACCAACGGGACCCUGGACAUCCUCAUCAGCACGGUCAAAGACACUGGUUCUUUUACUUGUAUCUCUUCAAACCCAGCCGGGGAAGCACACCAGACUGUGGAUUUAGUGAUUAUCAAACUCCCUCACAUCUCCAACAACACUAACAACAUCCAGGAGCCAGACCCGGGAUCAUCAGACAUCUCCACAUCCACGCGAGGAGGGGCCAAUGGCAGUAAUGUGACGGGCGAUGUGAAGGGAGCAGAUAAGAGAGUGGUGACAGCCGAGGCUACAUCUUCAACUGCACUGAUAAAGUUCAACUUUCAAAGGAAUAUCCCCGGAAUACGCAUGUUCCAGAUACAGUACAACGGGAGCCAGGACGACUCUCUGGUGUAUAGAAUGAUCCCUCCAUCAAGCAAGAACUUUCUGGUGAACAACCUGGCGGCGGGGACCCAGUAUGACCUGUGCGUUCUGGCCAUUUACGAUGACGUGAUCACCUCCCUGACGGCGACACGGGUGGUGGGCUGUGUUCAGUUCUCCACAGAGUCCGAGUACAUGAGGUGUCAGUUCAUGCAGUCGCAGUUUCUCGGCGGGACCAUGAUCAUUAUUAUUGGAGGGAUCAUCGUGGCCUCUGUGCUGGUCUUCAUCAUCAUCCUCAUGAUAAGAUACAAGGUGUGUAACCCUGGAGAUGGAGGCAAAGGAGUUUCCCUGUCCAUGACAAAUGUGCACUCUCAGACCAACGGGCCCCAGUCUCAGGGCUGCACGGUCACUCCCAGCUCCUCCAAACAUGGCUCCAUUGGCCUGGACGAUCUCUCCUCUGGGAGCUCCAAGAAAAGGGCAGGAGCAGGGGCCAAAGACACUGUGGUCCAGUCCUCUGAGUCUCCACUGCCCGACUGCUCCACCUCAGGCAUGGGGCAGACGUGGACAGCAAAGAGCCCCACUACAACCACAGUGGCUAUAGAUGAGAAGACCUUGACUGGUGAGAGGGCUCAGGUCUCCUCUCCCUCCUCCACUGGCUCACUGCCCAAACCAAAACGCAAACCAGCGCCCAGCAAACCGGGCUCCUCCUGUUCCAACGCCUCGUCCUCCACCGUCCUGACUGAAGCCCUCCCUCGCCCCUCCUCUGCUGCCUCCUCCAGUCCUUCCUCUGCCCUCCUCCCUCUCUCUACCCCUCUGGAAAACCUCAACACCAACCGGAACAACUCCACCUCUUUGAACCAGUCCCCUUCAGUGUUUAGCCCACUCACUUUGCCCAGUCCGAGCCCUCGCUUCAGGGACACUCCUAUCCUCCGCCGGGCCCCUCGCGCCUCCUCCUCCUGCUCUGCCAAGUACCAGACUCUCCCUGUGGAGGAUGGGGGCCGCAGCCGGGCUCGCCGGAGGUACUCCCUCAGUGAAGGGGGCUCAAAGACUAGCACGCUCCAGCAGGGGGCUGCUCCUAAGCUAGGACGUAUAAUGAGGAACAAGAGGAGCCAAUCAAUGAGUGCAAUGCUACUCGCUAAAGAGGCCGAGGACUCUGAAAAAGGCCGCUGCGAUUCGGACUGGAUCUUAGAGAGCACAGUUUGA